CUUCGGCAGACAAUUGCUCGCAUUUUACUCUUAUCGUAAACGAGUUAACAUGUGUUCCAGAAGUUUCACUGAUGACAUCGUAAACCGGAUGUGAAAACGAGUUCAUCAAAGUAUGUGACUUUUAUGAAUGUCACAUUAAAAAUGUCCAUUUCGGUGUUAGAUAAAAAUACAGCCAGCCUUCUGACAACUACUCAAAUUGUAACUUCUGUGUAUGCAGUUGUUAAAGAGCUGUUUGAAAAUGCUCUCGAUGCUGGUGCAAAAUGUAUAGAAAUCAGUCUUGUGGACAAUGGUGUAACGAGCAUUGAAGUAAAAGACGAUGGACAUGGCAUUUCAAUGGAAAAUGCAUUACGUAUGGCACUUCCUUCGACUACUUCAAAGAUCUCCAGUUUUACAGAUUUAGAAUCCUUAAAAACUUAUGGUUUUCGGGGCGAAGCACUUAAUGCGUUAUGCCAAGCUGCUGAUGUUAAUGUGAGUACGAAAACAAAGGAUGAUGAAGCAGCAACAUUGUAUACUUUUGACCAUCUUGGAAAUGUAGUUAAUACAUGUUUUGUACAUCGGUCUACUGGUACAACUGUCACAGUAAAUCGGUUGUUCAAAGAUUUACCUGUAAGAAGACAGAUAGCCAAUGAUAAACAAACUAUCAGUCGAGAAAUUAAACGGUUAGAUUAUUUAUUAAAAUGUUUUGCCGUUUGUCACCCUAGUCUCAGGAUAAUGUUUAGGGUAAAUGAUAAUGUCACGUGGAUGAAGCAUGCAGUUAACACAACUAAAGAAGCAUUAGCCUUUGUGAUAGGAAAGAAAAUUGUUUCAAAUUUGGAUUGGAUUGAAAAUAAGAGUGAUCAGGUUCAAUUGCAACUGAUGGUACCUAAAAAACAAGAAGUGGAAAGUUUGGAAAUAUGUUUUUCAGGACAGCCAAUGAUUUCUGUAAAUAAUAGACCCGUCAGCUAUAAAGUAUUUGAAAAGGUUAUGAACGAAAGAAUAUCGCAAUAUUUUGAAAACUUACUUAAAGAAAGAACUCGUAUUAGGGAAAUUUUAUUUUACUUAAAUAUUCAUGUUCCUGCAUCAGAUUUGGACAUCAAUUUGGAGCCCAACAAAACCCGAGUUUUUCUUAAAAAUGAGCAGGUUAUUUUGCAGAAGUUAAAGGAAAUUUUAACAGAGUACUAUGAGAUACACGAGGAACAAAAGUCAUCAACCGAUACAACUUGCAAUUCAUCUAAUGGUUAUUUAGACGAUACUGUAUAUGAGAACGAGACGGAAGACGAAAUCGGCGUGCAGUGUAAAAAACGAAAAAUAGAAUCUGAGGAAUUGGAACACCAAGUUUCCCUAUAUCGAAAAAGUGAACGCGUGAAACGUGUCUCUCAUGAGCUAACUAAUGCUCACAGACGACAUAGUACCGAUAACAAAGAAAGAAAUUUUGCCAAGAGUAGCAAUGACUCCGCAAUUCUUCAAACUGAAAAGGACAAUCGCGUUCUUACCGAAUCAAUGAAGAAUUAUUUGAAGAUAGCUGAUCGGCCCUGUAAUCCGAAUGACAAGUCAAAUUUGACGUCAGACAUUUCGACUAUUUGUGAUACCGAUUCAACUGAUACCGAUGAACAACAUUUCAUCCAUCCAACACCUGAAGAAUUGAGCAUGGACUUGGUAAAUGACGAGUGGCCAGAACUUGCUCAAAAUGUAACGGAAGCAGAUCAGGUCCUUCACAGUCAAUCUACAAGCUCGCAAGUCGAUUCUGAGAUUAGUGAUAAAGAAAAUCUCGUAUGUGAUGCCUCUACAAAUUUUCAUCACAAGGAUAAUGAGUUGUCCAUCUUUGAUCCGGAAGCAACUAUCGAGAAGUUCAAGGGACGUGAUAAUUUUGAUGAGCUCUGGAGUAAAGGGCAGAUCCCUGGCUUAAUAGGUGGUACAGCUGUACAGAUACUUGGAACCACGAAAGCCAGUGCGAUUUCUAACGAGCAGAAUGUCCAUGAUCGCUCGUCAAAUGAGGGAAAUGAUAAAUGCAAAGGAUUUCAUAGGUUUGCCAAGGAAACUAGAGUGCAGAUUAUGAAAGAGAAUCCUGGACUCUCAGCAGCCGAGGUUGCGAAGAUGUUAGCUGCUAAGUGGAAAGCGAUAUCAUCAGAAGAGCGUGGUUACUACAGAGAUUCCGUAGUAAAAGAAAAUGAACGGUUGGACACUUCACGAAAGUCCCAAAAGAAAUCGGAGGCUUCGAAGACCAAGAAUACGUUGUUGAAGAUUUUUGAAAAGAUGAAAAAGGAAAAGCCAGUGUUAGAAAAGGAAGGCUACCUUAAAAGGACCACCGUGCUUUGGACAAUCGAUAUAAGUAGAUUAAAAGAAAAGGCGUCCAAACCAAUGUCCAAGCAGCCCUAUACGGUAAUUGGCCCUUUAAAUUCAAAAAUAUGGUUGAUACGAGCAGGUUCACAGAUUUGGGCUACUGAUGUAGAGCUCCUUUAUAAAAGGCUUAAUCCUGGAGAACCCUCUCCUGAUGAGACUAUCAACAUCGAAACGCUCGAUCAACUUCUAACGAAGUGGCUGGUCGGAUCGGAUGACGACGCAUCGUUCUUGCAUCCGGUGUAUCAUCUGACGAAGAAAGAAAAAUCUUAAUGUUUUCGUCUUCCAUUGUCUCCUGUAUUUUACUGACAAAUAAUUGUACAAAGAGGAAAUAGUUGUAAACUAGAUAAUUAUAUUUUAAUUUUAUGAUAAUAUGUA